UUGGUCACACUAACCGCGCAGCUGAUAUGGAAUUAAGUAACAACAAAACGCGAUAUAGAGCUUCAAUAUGCUGUCCAGGCGCUUAUUGUUGGGCCCGUAUAUGGGAUACCUUGGACUGUCAUCCAGGCUGCAGCACGGAGCUGGACAGGCUGAAAAUGACCAGCCAAGCGGCUUAUUGCCCACCUACUCGGAUGCGGAACGGACGAAGAUCCUGCAGGCGAUAAACGAAAACGGCGUGGAUCAGAUGACCAGCUACGACAUAACUAAGGCCAGGGCUGCCAAGCUGCACAGCUGGAAAACCCGCCACGGUCCGCUGCAAGACCUCGGUGACAUCCUGUGCGUGGAGGGAUUCGGUUUGAAGGUGGCCACCAAGUUAUUCAAGAGUCUGCUCGAGCCGUUGGAAAGCAGGCGCAGCGGAGUAGUCGGAAAGAAGCGAAAGGUUGCACGAGUUGCGCCCUUCAUAACACCGGCUAUUGACGAGGCGCAGCGUCUGCGAAUAAUCUCCACUGUGGGCGUGCGCAUCGGAGUAACUAGUGUAAGCUGGGCGCGAUUGGAGAUCGGGAGCGGUGAGGCAGCGUGCACGCUCACCGAUUGGCAUCACCACGAGCUCAACGACAAGAAGCUGCACUUGUCGGAGCUCACACGACGAUGCCUUUACGUCUCCCACCAGAUUCCGCAGGCCGACUGCUACGUCCUGGAGAGUCCACAGAUGGCCCAAGCCAGCAGCAACCCGGGCAGCAUCGAUCAACAGAACGUCAACAUACAGAAGGCCCAGGUGGCGGCCAUCAUGAGCUACUCGUUAAUGUCCCGUUCGGACGCCGAAGAAGACAAGGCCAACAGCCUCUUUUUUAUGCGCCGGUUCCUGUCAGCCCGCCUCUUCAAUCACCUGGUUGGCACGGAGCGCGUGUCGUCCGAGGACACAAUAUUGGCCAUGAUGCGGACCCAUUCCAACGUGAAGGAUGAGCUCCCCAGUACGGAGCGUUCGUUGCGCAACGAGGUUCACUUUCCCGCCGACCUACGCCACGCAUUCUCGCAGCAGGAACGCUACCAGCGCGAGCUUCUGGGCCAGGCCUUUUUACUUAGCUUAGCCUUUACUCGCCUCGUUCUCUUGCAGGAUCCGCAAAGCAUCGACUCGGUGUCCCGCAGCUCUAAGGGUUCUCUUCCGGUAGAUGAAGGUUGCGGAGCUGGGGUUGUGUAACAUAAAGGGUUGUCAACGCAACGUUAUGUUCUAGAGUUUUAUAAGUGUAAACUAUUAAAGCAGACCCUCCCCGGAAAUAAGAGGACUCCUGAAACUGAA